AUGUUUGAAUUACAAGCAAAAAAUAAAGCAGUUGGUGAUGAAGAAGCUCAAACAAUUGAUGAAAAUUAUUGUAAAGCACUUGAAUAUGGUUUACCACCAACAGGAGGUUGGAAUAUAGGAAUUGAUCGUUUAACAAUGAUUUUAACAAAUAGUAAUAAUAUUAAAAUGAGUUAUAUACAAAUUAUUAGUUUUUAUUGUUCAUAUUGA